AUGCAUUUAAUUCAAAUUCAUAAGAUUAUCUCACUGAUUAUUUCUUUCUUCUAUCUCAUUGCCAGACACCAUCGCGGAGAUAAGCCUACGGUCAAAGAAUUCAGAAUUAAGUUGUUGUAUUCCUUUUAUUAUCCACUUUUUGUCCUGUCAUUAGUGGUUGGAGCAAUUACAAAUGAUAAAGAGGAUCAGAAUAUAUUCUUGUCGGAAGUGGCAAUCGGUUCUUCAGUGCUUUUAAUAAAACUCUGGUUUUUAAUAUGGAAACAGAAUCAAAUUCUUGAUUUAUUGAAUCGAGUUUGUGUCUUUUCGAUUCAAAAUGACGACGCCUACAAUCUUUUUAACAACAAACUUAGAGGAUUCCUGAAACUUGUGUUUGUCUUUGCGAUAACUGUAGCUGUUGCUGGUUCUUCAGGGACUAUAGUUAUGUCGUUUGUUGGAAACGGGAAAACUUUAUUUUUGGAAGUUGGAUUUCCCAUGGAUUGGAGGAACAAUGAAAUUGCAUUCUGGAUGGCAUCAAUUUUUGUCUUUACUGAAGUUCUAUUGUCGUUACUGGUCAUGAUUUUCACAAUAAUGAUUUGGUAUUUGCUUUUGAUUUGUUCUCUGAGAUAUGAGGUGCUAGGAACGCAGUUGAGGAGCAUGGGAAAAAAUAGAGAAAAGGACAAGAUGACAGAGAACAAAACCCUCAACAAUUUCUUUGUAAACUUAAAAGAUUCAGUCAAGGUUCAUCUACACUUGAGGGGAUUGACGAAUGACGUGGGAUUCUUUUUCUCAGACAUUUUUUUCAUUCAGUUUGGCACUAGUGGUCUAUGCAUUUGUGGAUCAAUUUAUUGUUUGGCAUUUGGGGUCGGUGAGAGUUUGGUCGAGCGUUUCGUACAUGUUUUAGUGUUUUUUUACCUAACUGCUGAUAUCUUUAUGAUUACGUACGUUGGGAAUGAGAUAAUGUUGUCAAGCAAUCGUCUAUCCUACAGCUUAUUCGAAUCGGAGUGGUAUAACCAGCCCCAAUUUACGAAAAAGUGCAUCAUCAUUUUUGGUGAAUAUUUGAAGCAGCCGCAGGCGAUUGUGAUUGGCAAAUUGUAUCCAUUAACUUUGGAAACGUUUACAAGGAUUAUAAAUUCAGCCUGCAGUAUGUUCAACAUUUUGAAAAAUAUUAAGUAA